UAAUUUCAAAAAGUCACUCGGUCAAAUAAUGUGCAGAUUGCAGAAGACGACGGAAGAAAAUUUAGGAAAUUUCGAAUGGAUUUUUCUCAAGUAUUUAUUUUAAGGAAGGAUAUUUCUUGUGAUUAGCCAUGGUUCGUCCUACAGGCAGACGUGAAGAUGUUCAAGAACCUGGUAGCGGGUCAAAACGUAGAAAAGCCUACACGCCAAAGCGAGAUGAACGUCGAACUGAUUCUGCAAGGGACACAGGUAGAAGACGGCGUCGAUAUCGUCCUGGGGCACGAGCCUUGUUAGAAAUUAGACAUUUACAGAAAACAACUCAUUUACUAAUUCGAAAAAUGCCAUUUGUGAGAGUGGUAAGAGAAAUAGCAAGAAAAUGCUCAACAAGACAUGUUGAGCUAAGGUGGCAGUUACCUGCGCUGGAAUGUUUGCAAGAGGCUGCAGAGGCAUUCCUGAUCAGACUCUUCGAAGAUGCGAAUCUUUGUGCCAUCCAUGCUAAACGAGUCACCAUUAUGCCGAAAGAUAUUCACUUGGCAAGACGAAUCCGUGGUCGUUCAGAUGCAGGGUGUCCAUGAGCAAUAUAGACUAUAAUUUUAACUUUUUGAUAGUUUAGUCUUUGAUAGUUUGUUCGUUGUAUAUACUUUAUUUUAUAAGACCGCAACACUGGGUUUUUAUUAUUCUCCCACCCCAGUACAUUUCUUUGUUACGCCCUUGAUGAGACUAGAAACAUGUGUUUAGAUGAUCCCACAAUACCCGUCAGGGGACAGGAUUCUGGGGGCGCUUUUUGGCGUUUCUCCAUCUAAGCGCCAUAAGCCAGGAAACGAGUCUUUCUUUUCUUAAUAAACAAAUAUAAAAACAAACAAAUAUGUUGCGAAGCAGCAGAGUUCGUCCUACGCUACACUGACACUGUCUAUUCCUAGUUGAAAGGGAUCAUGUAAACCAAUCUAGUCUAGCUAAAUUCGUAUAUAUUGAGCAUAAAUCAGUUGGGAGAAUUAGAUCUUAAUUGAUUUCAGCAUUACGUUCAUCUGUAAAGUAUAUCCGCUAGGUUUUAAUGUUGUCUAAUUGUAAUAAUAUAUUCAAUUUACGUACUAUUAUUUUAUCCAUUUAUUAAUUUUUCAUCUUUUUGUUUUGUACCAAUGAUACGUAACACCAAGAAAGAGAUUAACGAUAUUUUUAUAUAGCUAUGAAAGGACAUGAAUAAAGUCAGUAUUGUGCUAAGUUAAUUUUCCCUCUAUAUCCGGAAGUAACACAUAGAUAAAUCCGGAAAAUGGCAAUUUAAAACAAUAAAAACUUUCGAAAAAGACAAUUGGUGAACGCUGG